AUGGAUCGAACCACAGGUACCGCAAGGUCUCCUUUAAAAGCAGUUGCAUCCCAUCGCAUCUCUGUUAAGUUCAAGCACUAUCCCCCGUUCCCGAAUACCCAGCCCUCAACUAUGAGCUCGGAUCCCUCUAACACCCAACACUCCUCCAGCAUUGACACGACAUCUGCUUCGCCAGAGGCUUUGAUUUAUGCGGUCAUGUCGGGUGACGUACGUCACGUCAAGCUCCUCGCCAGUCUCAACAUUGGUGUAGCAUCGUCUGAUUCUUGGGUCGUUUUGGAAGCUUGUUUGCAUGGCAUUGAGAUGGUCCAUGCUCUGUCUUGCAAUACCCAUAUCGACCUGAAUCCGACUCUCCCUGGGCAGAAAGGGGACAGAGUGCUGCAUCUUCUCUUGAGAAUGCCAUCCACAAGGUUUGGGGGCAGGAAGCCAGAAACAGUGCGGAUCCUCCUGCAGAAAGGUGUCGAUCCGCUGGAGCCGGACAGGAGAGGCAACAACGCAAUACAUAUACUGUCAGGGUCACCAAAAGACCAGAGCGCCCAGAGCCUUCGCCUUCUGCAGAUGAUCCUUUGUGGCGAUCAGGGCAUCCCGGAGCAGAUACGGGCCACGAGCUUGGCAUCAAUCAAUGAGAAGAACAUGGGCGGGGCUGGCAACACGGCUCUCAUCAUCGCUGUUCAAAGCGAAAACGAAUAUCAGGUGCGUCUGCUCCUGGAAAAGGGCGCCAGUCCCCAUGUUCCCGGAGAGUUCGGCAGAAAGCCCCUAUAUUUUGCAGUGGCAAGGGACUUUGUUGUUAUUGCUACGUUGCUCUUGGACUACGGCGCCACAAUCGAGAAUGAUAUCGUAGCCCUUUCCUCGGAGAUGGAGUCGCUGAUACGGGUGUAUUCGGUAUGUAGAUGA